UUUAUAUAUAAAUAAUUUCGAUGACGUUAUUUAAAAUAUUAUUUAUAAAAAUGUUUAGAUGGUCUAUCUCAAAAAUCCACAAACAUAGAACCACGUUCUCCAGAAAUAAAAAUGCCAGUUAUUUACCAGUCUCCAUAUAAUCCCAAAAAUGUUCCUGAUAGUCGCAACAUGAUAACCAAUGAUGAGUAUUUAUCUCAGAAAAGCAGCAAAAAGACCUUUUUGGAUUCUCCGAAAAAAGUAAAACCAACCCAUAGAUCUCCAUAUAAUCAUAGUAUUGAUGAUGAUCAUAACAUGAUAUCUAAUGGUGGUGAGUAUUUAUCUCAGAAGAGCAGUGAACAGACUCGUUUAAAUUCUCCUAAAAAAGGAAAACCAACCUACAGAUCUCCAUAUAAUCAUAGUAUUUUCAAUACCUAUGAUGAUCAUAACAUGAUAUCCAAUGGUGGUGGUGAGUGUCACAUAUUAUAUACAAGCAAUACAAAAUGA